AUGCCAACACAGUUGGUUGGGCAGGAUAACCAUGCCAGUGAUGUGCGGGUGAAGACUGUGUAUAGUGGUGAUGUAAUGAUCACAUACAUCAAUCACAAUAUUACCCUUGAAGAGUUCACUCAAGAGAUGAUUGCCAUCUGUCGUUUUACACCAGAUCAGGUGUUUACAAUGAAGUGGGUAGAUGAAGAAGGCGAUCCCUGCACAAUCUCAACACAGCUGGAGUUAGACGAGGCGUUGCGUUUGUAUGAGCUGAAUCGGGAUUCGGAGCUCACUGUUCAUGGUAAGUAA